GAGGAGCCGUGGGGUGGACUAGACACGUGUGUGCGUGACACGAGCGAGUAACAUACUAACAGGAAGUACAAGUGGUGUUUAAAGCCCCCGGUGUUCCCUGGUUGUCGGGCGCCGCAGCCUGAGGGCCCGAGGGUUUCAGCGCCAUCUGCCCACCUGGUGCGUCACUUGAAUGACGUGAUGAAUGUCCUCGAGGCGAAAUCUUGGUGUGAACCCAGCAUAAAUCUCACUGCCGGGCCCAGUGUGGGCAAGUGGGUCAGGGUUCUGAUACGCGCGGCCAGUCUAGGAAGUUUGUGGUUCUGAGCUCCACGGGUAAGGAUCAUGGGGUCCUUCAUCCUGGUCCGCCGUGGGCAUCCUCCUGGGAUCAGGGCCUCCUGCCUAUUGAAUGGGCCACAGAGACUGGGGCCGCAUCACCGCCUCCUUUUGUAUUCCAGGGGGCAAAGCUCAAGGCUCAGAAGCUGCCGGGCCCCCCAAAAAGAAGAGGAAGAGGGCACAGAAGAAACCCCGGGAGCAGAGGGAGAAGGCCGUGGAGUCCAAGGCCCAGGCCCUGGGGGAGAAGCCUCGGGCAGCUUCUCAGGCCAGGAAGCCCUUGGCAGCCAAGCAGGAGAGGGCCUCUGGCUCCUCCGGGGUCCCUGCAGAUGGCGCGGCCACGGGGUCUGACUCCCUCUUUGCCCUGGAUGUUCUGCGGCAGCGGCUGCACGAGAAGAUCCAGGAGGCCCGGGGCCAGGGCGGCACCAAGGAGCUGUCCCCCGCCGCUUUGGAGAAAAGGCAGCGGCGGAAACAGGAGCGGGACCGGAAGAAGAGGAAGCGGAGGGAGCUGAGGGCGAAGGAGAAGGCGGCGAAGGAGCAGGAAGGAAAGGCCUUGGUGGCUGCCAGCUCACAAAAACCCAUUGAGCCCAAGAUGGAGCUGACAGCUGGUCACUGGGGGAAGGGAAGGCGAUGA